CACACUAAAAGUCAUAAUGGAGACGGAAAAUGUUGACAUUAACGUGACUUCUCAAGGACUUAACACCCUGAUGAUGCUGACGCCCGCACCACUACCACAAGAUGCCGAAGACUCAUAUGCGCCCCGUUUUGAUAUAUUUGGCCAAUACUGGGUUUUAGCAGCUGAGGACGAUUGUGUACUUGUUGCUUUUGGCUCCGAGAGGGAUGGAAAGCUACAAUGCAUAUUAUGGUCAGUGGACAAUGACAACCCAAAAAAUGAGACAAAUUGCUUUAGCCACAUUGACAGGUGGUGCACGGAUAUGUACAACGUUUGGGAACACAGUACACCGUGCUCUGAGUUUGAUAAACAAGAGGAAAGACAAAAUUACCUCGCCCUACAGGAACAACUCAGCGAGUCAAGUUGAUCCUUUCAAGUCCAUGAGCCCACUACCUAGUUUGUGUGACGACUGCGUUUUCAAAAAUACUUUGAUAUGCUCAUUUGAAGAAAAGCAAUAAAUAUAUUGGUAUGUCA